AUGUGCGGGUUUCUAAAACUGAACCAUUUAAAGCUUCAUUUAUUAAAACAUACUGGACAGCGUACUUAUGCUUGUGCAAUAUGUAAUAAAACAUUCGCAACAAAAGAAGAUUUAACGCAACAUAAAGCUAUCCAUAGUAUAGAACAGCCUCUUGUAUGUGAAUUAUGCAGUAAAAAAUUCAAAAAUAAACAUACAUUGAAACAUCAUCAAAUUGUUCAUAACGGAGAAUAUUCUCAUAAAUGUGAGAUAUGCGAUAAAUCAUUCAAAAGAAAAUCCAUAUUAACAAUACAUCGAAGGAUCCAUACAGGAGAUUGCCCUUAUCAGUGUGAAAUAUGCAAUAAGAAGUAUACUUGUUCCAGCAAUUUGAUAAAGCAUUCAACAAUGCACAGCUUAGAACGACCAUUUAAAUGUACCACUUGUGGUAAAACGUACAAAAUUAAACGAGAUCUAAUUCGACAUGAAAUGGUUCAUACUGAUGAAUGCCCUUUCAUGUGUGAAAAAUGUGGUAAUAGAUAUAGAACAAAACGCUCAUUGCAGCUACAUGAAACGAUUAUGUCUAUGAAUGAUUGGGCAGUUAAAAUUGAACCACCAGAAUAUUCACCAGAAGACGUUAAACUCGAAAUGGAGGAUGAAUUUGAUGAUCCUGAUGUUGCUGUUAAAUCUGAAUCGUGUUCUGAAGAUAAUGAUACGUGUUUAGAAAGAUUCAUGAAUUCCGAGGUUACAAUUGAAGAACAAGUCAAACAGGAGUUAGUCGAGACAUCAACUUAUGAAUGUCACAUUUGCAGUAGAACAUUUACAGAAACAAAUCAUCUAAAAGAGCAUAUGAUCGAACAUAUGCCUAAUAAUAGCAAAGAAAGUCCUUUCAAAUGCGAAAUCUGUUACAAGACUUUCAAUCAAUUACGUAAUGUGAAAAAGCACAUGCUCAUUCACAGUGAAAGAGGUAACCUGAAACGUCACAUGCUGAUGCAUAGUGGAGUAUGUCCUUAUGAAUGCAAUAUAUGCAAAAAAACAUUCAGGCAAUCUGGCAAUCUGAAAAGUCACAUGCUGGUGCAUAGUGGUUAUUUAAAAAUGUCGGAGGAAACAAUUAUGUCUAUGAAUGAUCAAACAAUUAAAAUUGAACCACCAGAAUAUUCACCAGAAGACAUUAAACUUGAAAUGGAGGAUGAACUUGAUGAUCCUGAUGUUAUUGUUAAAUCUGAAUCGUGUUCUGAAGAUGAUGAUACGUGUUUAGAAAGAUUCAUGAAUUCCGAGGUGAAAAUUGAAGAAGUCAAACAUGAGUUAGUUGAGUCAUCAACUUAUGAAUGUGAGGUUUGCAAUAGAACAUUUGCAGAAUCAGAUCAUUUAAAAGAGCAUAUGGCCGAUCAUAUUACUAUUCAUAGCAAAGAAAGUUCUUUCAAAUGCGAAAUCUGUUACAAGGCUUUUGAUCGAUUAAGUGUUCUGAAAAGGCACAUGCCCAUUCACAGUGGUGAGCGCGCCAAUGAAUGCCAUAUAUGCAAAAAGACUUUCACAGAAAGAGGUAAUCUGAAACGUCACAUGCUGAUGCAUAGUGGAGUACGUCCCCAUGAAUGCAAUAUAUGCAAUAAAAAAUUUACACAAUCAAAUGAUCUGAAACGUCACAUGCUGACACACAGCGGAGUACGUCCCUAUGAAUGCAAUAUAUGCAAUAAGAAAUUUACACAAUCAAAUGAUCUGAAACGUCACAUGCUGACACACAGUCGAGUACGUCCCCAUGAAUGCAAUAUAUGCAACAAGACAUUCAAACAUUUAACUACUCUAAAAAGCCACAUGUGCAUUCACAGUGGCGAGCGCUCUCAAGAAUGUAAUAUAUGCAACAAGACAUUCACCCAAUCAGGUAGUCUAAAAAGACACAUGCUCAUACACAGUGGAGUACGUCCCCAUGAAUGCAAUAUAUGCAAUAAGAAAUUUACACAAUCUGGUAAUCUGAAAAUACACAUGCUGAUUCAUAAAAGAGAGCAUUAUGAUAAAUGUAAAGUAUGUAAUAAAAAAUUUACUCAAUCGGGCGAUUUGAAGAGACACAUGGCACUUCAUAGUCAGAAGCGUGGUGAAGAUUAA